AUGGAAACAAGAAGAAAGAGGAAAGCACCUGGACGAAAGGAUUCCAAGGAAUCUGGAGGGAAACCUCAGCCAAAUGGAGUGGGACAAGAACAUAUAGUGGAGAAAGAUGCAGUCUAUCGUCCGGUUGGAAGGGGAAGGGGAAGAGGCAGAGCUCACAACAGGGGGAGUGGCUCUGGGAAUGAUCCAGGGCGGGUGAUGACAUAUUCAGGAGAGGAUGGACAUGUUGACUGUAAGAAAGACUUGCUGGUCAUUAAGGUGGAUAACACACCAGGGACAAAGUCAGAUCAGGUGGAAGUGGAGUAUUCUGAUGGAGAAAAUGAAGCACAUAGUGGAGAUCACACAGCAGCCCACCAUAAGAAGGCAGGGCCACAUGCUGAAGAACUGUGGUGGGAUGAAGAGGGGGAUGAUAUAGGGCUGGAGUUGCAGGGAAUCCCAGCUGAAGAUGAUAUUUUUGAACAGAAAGACUUGUUUAAUGAUUAUCAUGGGGAAGGAUAUGAUAAAAAUGGCCAUUUUGAGGAUGCUCGAGGACAAACAAGUCAAGGAGAUGCUGAUGAAUGGGAGGACUGUACUACAAGUGAAGAUUUUUCUACUGACAGAAGUCAGAGCCAGACAUCAGUAUCAGAUGAUCUGACCUCUCCCCUCAAGGUUAAUCUUAAUCCUGAUGCACCUGUCUUUACUCCAGCUUCACAAACAUCACCCAGCCCACUGGCAGCAAAGGUCAGUAAAGAACAAAAGAUUGAAAAGGCAUCACUUAAAGAAAAAAAGACCAAAGAGUUGAAAGUUGGAGACAGAAAUAUCUCCAAAAAUAAAGAGGAAAAAGCCCCACUGGACAGCAAAAAGGAGAAAACUGAACAUUCCAAAAGUGACACAGAUCACUCUGACUCUGGAAAGGCAGUCACAAAGCCUGAAGAGUCUUCAUUAGCUCCCUCUGAGGAGGAGCUCAAAGGUGAGGUAUUUGAGAAACCAACAAUGGCCGACUCUCAUACCACACAAGAAGAACCUCCUGUAAAGGCAGACACUAACCCUGAUGAUAAGGGUCAGUCUGAUGAAAAUCAGAAUUUGAUUGAUCCUCCCACAGAUAUGCUGCCUAAAGAAGAAGCAGAUCAAGAUGACACCAAGAAGAAUUCUCAAAGUGAGACUGUAGAUGCUGAGAAACAAAAACCUGAGGUUGAGGAUGAAACAGAUUCUCAUGAUGAUAUAGCACAAGAAGCCAUUGAAGAGAGAAUGGUUGCCACACCAGUGUACCAAUACUUUUCAGAUGAAUGUUGCUUUUCUUCUGAUGAUAGCUUCAGGGAUCCAGAUUUUUUGUGUUCUAAAAGUGAGGUGGAAAGGAGUUUUAGUAGUGAUUCUGACGAUGAAAGUGACACUUUAUUCAGGCACAAAAAAAGAAAACUUGAACACAAUGUCAAUAAGGCUAAAAAAAGGAAUCUCAAUAAAAACUUGGAAGAAAAGGAUAAUGUUUCCGACAUUGAAGACGAUUCCUCUAUGUCUGAUAUUAUCAGCUUACCCUGCACUUCCCAAUUCAACACAAGAGUUGUUUCGAAGGAAGAAUUUGGAUUGCUUCCAAAAGGAAAAAUAAAAGAGGGAUGCAAACAAACAUAUGAUAAACAAAAUUAUUGUACCUUCUGUUCCAAAAAUAUCAAAAGUAAAAUAUCAAGACAUAUCCUUACCCACAAACUUGAACCCAAAGUGAUGAAAAUUCUUUCUUUACCAAAAAGAUCCGAGGAGAGAAAGGUUGAAUUAGAACUUUUAGCAAAUGAGGGAAACUUUAAGCAUAAUUUAGAAGUUUUGAAAAAGAAGGAAGGACUGCUUGUUGUAGCAAGAAGAGAAUCCCAAUUACAGCAUAAUCCUAUGGACUUCUUGCCUUGCGAUUGUGAAAAUGUUGGACAGGAUGCGAAAUGA